GUCAAACGUCACCUUCAGAUGAUUUGAAGUUUGUUUUGAUUUAUAAAUAAAAAAUGUAAAAGGUAUGCACAAUGCAGAAAAUGUACUUGGAAAUCUGUUUUGAACCUCAAUACUAAGUUUGACAUAAUGUAAUGUUACUGAGUAACUGAUAAAUUUAAUUGAACAUGGCCGAGAACUCGAAGAAUGCGCCCCAUAUGUUUGCUGAAAAAUCUUCACCAAACGAAGAAGUCUCAAGUUGUGUCGUUAUAACAGAUCAAAAAGCUGAGACACCUUGCUUAGAAAAUGCUAAAGAUCAUCCUGAUAUAUCGGAAAAACCACAUGAAAUUGAUGGAAUCGUAAAAACUGUAAAAAUCGAGGAAAACAGUCCAAAAUCAACUGCAAGGGUAAGUCAUGUGGCAGAAGAUGAAAAUAAAAUUAAUGAAGGACCUCUGUUAAAAUCGACUAAUAUGAAUGAUAGCAAUGAAACUGAGCAAGCCAAAAACUGUGUGAAAUCAUCUGAGAGUAUAAGUGACACAGACGUUUCUACAACCGAUACAGAUGAAAAUGAAUCGACAGCCAGUUCAGUGGACACAAAACUCAGUGAAACAGUAGCUUACCAGCAAAAAAUGAUCGAGGAGAACGCUUCUAGGAUAAAACAUUUAGAGGAGACUCGAAUAUACCUUGAACAAGUUGUGAAGGAUUUGAAUGAUAAACUUGAAGUGGCUGUAGAGAGAAAAGAAGCGGCCGUUAAAGAAAAAGAAACCAUGGUUAUCAGAUACGCCACAGGAGAGAAAAACAUCUUGAUUGAAAAACAACAAAAAGAGGUUGCCGAAAAAAAGUUAAAAGAGGCUCUGAAAGAAAACGAAAUCUGGCAACACAAAUAUCAAACUAUGAUGUUGGAGAAAAGCAGACUGUGCCAAAUGUUGGACAAUAAGUGUUAUGACUUGAAAAAGUCACAGCAAGAAUUAGAAAAUACUAAAGCGGACUUGAAUGCGUUGAACACAAAGUUGAAAUGGUCACAAAAUAACUUGAAGAAUGAAAUGGAAGCGCACAAGGAAAGUCAAGCUAAAGUUGAAGCACUGAAUACAAAAUUGCAAGAGAUUCAAAACCAGAUAGAUAAGGUUAGGAAGGAUGCUCACGAAACCAUCAAAACCUUUAAAUGUUCUGAAGAGAACCGUGCACAUACCUUGGAUCAGCAAGUGCAGGAACAGCAAGCCCAACUGAUCCUACUUAGACACGAAAAGACCGACAAAGAAGAUCAACUAAAAUCACUGCAGACUGAACUUCAGAGGCUGCAAGAGAAACAAAAAGAUAUGUUAGAGGAAAACAACAAACUUUCAUUGAAGGUUCAACAGUUAGAAAGAGAGAGGUUGGAAAUAGAACAGAAAUUGAGCGAAUUGAGGGGGUAUACGGAUAGACAGAAGCAAGAUGUUAUAGAUUUACAAGCUAAGAGUGUCCAUUUAGGACAACUGAAGCUACAAUUGAAACAUGAACAAGAUCAACUAGCAGCAUGUAAUGAACAAGUGACGUUGCUGAAACAGAGGAAUUCAGAUCUCGAAAGUGACAUGGAGUCUUGUAGAGUAAAAGAGGCAGAACUACUUAUAUUUACUCAACAGUUGACCGAGAAAAAUGUCAGACUUCAGUCGGAGUUCACGUCUAUGGAAACCAAGGUUCAGCAACUGACUUGUGAACAAGCUGUACUAAAAAGACAGAUAAAAGAGCAUGAGACCAAGGCCAGAAUGUUAUCUAGUAAAUCGUUAGAAGAAAGAAGUAAAUAUACAGAGGAAAUAAGUCAACUGUCCACAGAAUUAGAAGAAAAAAAGAAACUGUGCGUCAGUUAUAGUCAAGAAAUCGUGGAUUUGAAGGGUGAACUUCUUUUGGUGAAGAGGAAAUAUGAAAUGUCUUUGAGGGAAGUAAACAAAGAAUUGCAACAUAGUAGAAGAAAAUUGAAGGAUUUUGAAAACGCUGAUACAGCAAGUCAAAGUAGUUCAAACUCUAGUUCGAAUGUGACUGAGAGGGAAUGUUCAGCUGAACCAGAACAAGUUAAAAUCGUGCCUGCAGAUGUGGGAAUAGACAAGCAAACUCUCAUAGAGCACAUCGUAAAACUUCAGAGGAUAAGCGCAAAAAAAUCGGAAAAAAUAGACUUUUUAGAAGAACACGUCAACACUUUAGUAGCGGAACUCCAGAAAAAAUCGAAGUUACUUCAAAAUUAUAUUUUGCGAGAGCAAACUGGAACUAUGUCUUCUAAUUCUAUGGAUAAUAAUAAGGCGAAGCUAGCGAAAUUGAAUGGAAUAAUGGCUUCCCUGUAUAGUUCCCGCAUUGCAGAUAAUAAUCUAACUCUUGAAUUAUCACUAGAUAUAAAUAGAAAAUUACAGGCUGUACUAGAAGAUACUUUGCUUAAAAACAUUACCCUCAAGGAAAGUGUGGACACUCUCGGUUCCGAAAUAGAAAGAUUGAACAAGAUGCUGAAAUCCGGCUAAAAUGUAUCUCCGAAAUAGAGCUUUCUGAUAUUUUUUGAUCUCACGUUUUGUAUCGUAAUAAUUAAUUUUGAAGCAUAUUCCACUUGUACGGAUACAAAUUGCGCAUAUAACGGCCAUACUAUUUAAUGUGAGUGGUUAAGUAAUUAGUUUUAAUUUAAACUGAAUUCCAUUAUAAUUAGUUAACGAAAUAUAUCAUGAAUUUGUAUUUAGCAAUACGUAUUAUUAUUGCAUAUACAGGGUGUUAAUUGAAUAUCAAUAUUUAAGGAGUCGAUUUUUGGGUCCAAUCUAAGAGGAAAACUUCAUAUGACCGGACGUCCUAAACGUCGUAACUUUUGAGAUACAGGGUGGUAAAGUUUUGAGAAAUAAAUCAUUCCUUAAUAUGUGUAUGGUUUAAAAUCUAUUUUUAUGUAUCUAACAAUAUUAUUAACGUGAUGAUAUCACCAUGCAGAGAAAUGUGUUUUAAUUUUUUUAGGUGAAAAUCGUGCCCCGGACAAAAUAGUUGAAAAGAUCAAAACUGAUCAUAAUUGAAUACAGAUUUAAAUUUUUUAUCUUAAGAGAAGUUAGUGGCGUGCCACUGACUUUUCUAUAUUGAAAACUUUACCAUCCUGUAUCUCCAAAGUUAAGAUGUUUAGGCCAUACGUUCACGUGAAGUUUUCUUCUUAAAAUCAACUUGAAAUUCGUCAAAUAUUGAUAUUCAAUUAUCAAAAAUACUGUAUAUAAUGUGUAUAAACUUGUUUUCCUAAUUUAGUCUAAUGUACGAUGUAUGACAUCAACGUUCAGAAAUAUGCAUUUUUAUAUUUUGAGAAUGUAGUUUCUACAAUUGAUGUUCUGUUUUUUGUGAAAACAUUUCUCUUCUCACCUUUUUGUAUGUUUUUCCAGUUUUUUUUUACCUCUAAUUUGAUAGUUCAAAGAUUAUAUACUUAUAAAAUGAAUGGUACGAAUUUUUCUAGUCCUUAAAAUAUAAAUAUUUGCAUAAAUCGACAUAAAAAUAUAUAUUCAAAUGCUAUUAUUAUAAAAAUUUCUGUAGUAUAUAUAGGCAAUAAUAAUGAUCACUU